ACGCGUUUGCUAUCUUUGUCAUUGAAGUUUGAAUUUCAAGAUAUUAUUUUGAUUGAAGUGUAUCAAGAUUCAUAAACAGGAGAGUGAAAAUGACUAGGCUGGCUGUGCUUACCAUUGCUUUCCUUGCAACUAUUAAAUCUGGUCUAGCCAACGAAUCGUGCCCUUUCGAUGAACAGGCGGUAGACGACACUGGCCGACGUUGCACCAGAGAGGCAGCGUGCACUGGUGAAAGCGAUAAAGCAGAUUGCAAAGGCAAGCGCCGGUGUAGAUGUGACGAUAUAUGCGGAUUCAUAUGUAUUAAAGUAUUUCAGGAUAAUUAUUGCAAUGAAGACGACUUACCACCAUCAACAAUAGGGUUGACGUACGAGCUGAGUAGAGAUCCUAUUCGGUUUGGUACAACGGCGACAUAUAGUUGUGGUAUCGGAUAUGAAAUGUCUAAUUCAUCCCUGAACGUUCGCAUUUGUCGAGGUGAUGGGAGGUGGAGUGGCCAGACACCAACAUGUUUAACGAGCAUUGCCUGCACAGCGCCUGCAAAAGUGCAACGAGCAAUGCAUAAUGGCCGAGAUGAAAAUGGAAACGAUAGACAAUUGUAUGCAGUUGGUGAAAAAUUAAAAUACUCCUGCAAUGCUGGUUAUUACCCAAUUGGUAGUGGUUUUAUCUACUGCCAGAAGACUGAAUCCGAUAACGCGGCAUGGAGUGAUCUUGAUCCAAACUUUGAGUGCAGACCUAAAAGCUGUGGAUCACCAGGAACAAUAAGCAAUGGGUAUCGAGUUGGCAAUGUUUUCUCUUUUUCGAAAGAAGUUACAUUUCACUGUAACGAAGGCUAUAGAAUUCAGGGAAGAAGUUAUCGUGUGUGUCAAGCAGAUGGAGAAUGGAGUGGAUUUACUCCUGUCUGUAUACCUGUAUUAUGCCCAUCUUUGACGGAUCCAGAAAAUGGAGAAGUCUUCGGUAUGGAUUACACAUUUGGGGAAAGAGUAAAACUAGAUUGUGAUGUCGGGUUUGUUGUCCCAGCAACCGAUGGCUUAAGGUCAGUUUAUACCUACUGCCAAGCAAAUGGACAAUGGGAUAAGUCAGUACAAUGUGAAGCUGUCAAUUGCGGUGAUCCAGGUGAACCUCGGAAUGGUAACCGUAACGGUGAUAACUUUGGGUAUAACGGGUAUAUUUUGUUUUCUUGCGAUGCUGAUUAUCAGUUGGUUGGUGAAAAAUCGAUUUAUUGUCAAGAAAACAACAAAUGGUCUGCUGAACGUCCAUCAUGUUUCGCUGAAUGUGUAUUACCCGAAGUUCCCAUGCACUUAGAAGUUCCACCUGAAUACAAUCCAGGGGAACGUGUCAUUUUCGGCACCAGAUACGAUAUUAGUUGUGAAAAAGGCUACACUUUGAAUUCUGACAAUGGCAUAUGGGAAUGCAUUGGAGGCGAAAUGUCAUUUGAUCCUGUUUGUAAUGAAAAUUCAUGUCCUCCGCCAGCUAAUAUCAAAGAUGGAUAUAUAACCUAUUCAUCAAAAUCGGUAUCUGGAUUGUAUAUACCAUUUACAAUUGCAACAUAUAACUGCAAUGAUGGUUUCAAGCUAAGUAGAAGUGGAAAAAGUUCUCGCAGAUGCAGAGAGGGAAAAUUCAAGGCAUCAGCUCCAACAUGCACAGAAACAAUCUGUACCAUCCCAACUGUCCACCACAGCAACAAUGAUGCAAGUAAUGUUAUCUUGAAACAUGGUCAAUCGGUGACUUACACAUGUAAUGACGGUUACUACUCUGAAGAUGUCUUACAACUGACAUGUGAGAAUGAGCGCUUUACUCAUGAUCCUCCUGUAUGCCGAGAAUCACCAUGUCCUGGAAUUUCAUCGGACCAUUUACAAGUAGAGUACGACAAUCCAGCCACUACUACAGUAAACGGUUUACAUGUAUAUGAAGCAGGCACCAUAGCAACGAUCCUAUGUGAUUCAAGCAAUAUUUACUACCCUAGUGAGCCAGAGGCAACAUGCCAGUUAGGUCAAUUUAAGCCACAAGUUACCUGUAAAAAAUACGCAACCUGUCUUAGUGAGGAAGUCACACAUGCCACGGUAUCAUAUAAGGAUGAAACAGUCAAUAAUUACAUUCCUGAAGAUGGACAUGUCCGCCAAGGAGUAACAAGAGCUGUGCAAUGUACCAACCCAUAUAAAAUCAAGGGAAAAUCUAAAAGUGUGUGUACAAAUAGUGGACAAUGGUCAGAAAAUAUACCAUCAUGUGAAAAGCAGAACGAAUUUGAUAGUAAGAAUUUGUGCAAACUGCACACAAAUCCAGAUAGUGGAUGGUUCAGCUACUCAGAUAGCUUGAAACCUGGAAGUAAGAUUCGUCUCGGUUGCUUUGGAUUACCAUACAUACAAACAAUACCAGGUUUUGAACGCACGUGUGUUAGAGACACUAAUCCUGGAAGCGAACUAAACUACAAAUGGUCUCCGGAUAUAUCAGAGUUACCGCAAUGCAUUCUUGAUACAGACUCUGAAUGUAGAUCUGAGGUUGUCCGUGGUGGAUCCCAGUCGUUUAAGGCAUCAUCAUUAAGCUCUAAAAACAGGCCGACACACGGUCGCUUGUAUGCGAGGGAUGGAGCAUGGAUACCUAAAAAUCAAGAGGUUGGACAGUGGCUGGAAGUAGAUCUUGAUCAUUCAAUGGAUGUGUAUGGAGUGAGGACACAGGGUAAUUACGGGAAAAAAUCCUGGGUUACCCUUUAUAAAGUGGCAUACAGGGAGAAAGACGAAUCCCCGGAAUCGUUUGUCAACAAUGAAAACGAAGAAGAAGCGGUGAGUAUUUUCCUCCUUUUAUCUAGAAAAACGUUUAUCGUACUUAAUUAUGUGAUUCUCCUCUUCUACAUCGCAGAGCUGGAGCCGAGAACCUGUUCAACACUAAACAGCUAA